CUCAAGAGUAUGGGUCGCUAAAACGACAAAAACCGCGUCGCUGGAGGGACGUCGAGAUACGGACGUCGCACGAAGGUGUUGUGCGAUUAUUUCCGCAGGUUGCAGUCGAACCGGCGAGGAGGUGGGCGGUCUCGCAGCGUCGGGGGAGAGAGAAGGCCGAUACGACCGCCUCUAUGUUCUCGUAAAGUGACGCCUCGAAACAACUCAGUAGUGCCGCGUCUCCAGUUGUUCUGUGUUGCUCGCAGCGCCCGGUGCGUUGCAACAGCAUCAUGACCGAAGGCGGGGGUGCUGCCAUGUUGCCUUCGUUUGGGUUCACGCAGGAACAAGUUGCCUGUGUGUGCGAAGUUCUCCAACAGUCGGGCAACAUCGAGCGGCUCGGACGUUUCUUGUGGUCGCUGCCUGCAUGUGAGCAUCUGCAGAAGAACGAGAGUGUGCUGAAGGCAAAGGCGCUCGUCGCCUUCCACCGCGGGAGCUUCAAGGAACUGUACCGGAUCUUAGAAUCCCAUCAUUUCUCCGCUGCGUCCCAUCCGAAGCUGCAAGCCCUGUGGCUCAAGGCCCACUACAUCGAAGCCGAGCGGUUACGGGGCCGUCCCUUGGGAGCAGUUGGGAAGUAUCGGAUUCGUCGGAAGUUCCCUUUGCCCAGGACGAUAUGGGACGGCGAAGAGACGAGUUACUGCUUCAAGGAGAAGUCGCGUAACAUUCUUCGUGAGUGGUACGCUCAUAAUCCUUAUCCGUCGCCGAGGGAAAAGCGCGAACUCGCCGAAGCCACGGGUCUCACCACCACGCAGGUCAGCAACUGGUUCAAGAACCGGCGACAGAGGGACCGGGCAGCCGAAGCGAAGGACAGGGAUCCCAACGACAAGACCCCGCAGAAGGUAUCAGGCAACAGCAACCACUCCAGCAAGUCUGGCUCCGAUUCAGGGGGUUGCCUAAGUCCACCAGACCACUCGUCCAAGCUUCAGGACCGGAAGCCGUCAUCAAUCCUGGACUCACCCCCUCAUCUUCAAGGCCCUGUCAGCCCUCCGCCCCCUUCAACCCAGACCACAGACAUCUCUUUACAUCCACACAGCGUCAAUGGCCUUUUCGGCAACGACCUCAAGUCAUCCACGGUCUCUUCGGCUGUCUUAGGAGGCCACCCGCAGACAACCCUUUCGGGCGGCGACCCCUCUUCCAUGAUCCCGGGUACCACAGCAGGCUUCCGACUGGGACAUCCUCUGGUCUCCGCUGCGGCCCUCGGAGACCUUAGUCUUGGACUCACGCCUGACUACCAGGCUUUAUGACAAUCAGUUGCGGGGACCACUACUGAGUGGCCCCCGCUCUGCUUGCUCCCACCGGAACCUCACCUUAUGGCGGCGCAGUCCAGGACUGCAAGGACUGAGUCCAUGUUCUGUACGUAGGGGAAAUCGCCGUCCGGAUGUUACGCUAGUCGUCAGCGGAAGUGACGUAUGCUGACGUCACGUCGUGGUGGUGUGCCCUGGCUUCGGCGAGUGCUAGUCUAGAUAUCGCGCGAACUCGCGGGAUUUUCGUUGCUUUGUCUCAAGAAUUCCACUGUCUGAGUAGCGGGGCUCGUCCCGAGUGAAUGUGUGUAGCAGACAACAUCACAGUGACUUACCGUGUCGUCUGCUCGUGUCCGGAGACUGUGUCUCUCACUUCAUGGAGUUAUUAGCCUGAAGUUGAUGUGGCUAGCAGGGACAACGUCGCAUGCAGAACAUUUGGAACUGCGUAGUGUUUUAGUUGUUGCUGAGAAGGCUUACAUUCUGGAGUUUUUUUCUUGAAUACCUAAUAACAGGACAUGCGAAACAGGACAUCAAGAACUUAAUCAAAACUGAUUCCUUCGGAAAUCCAAAUCAGCGAAAGUAAGGAACAUCUGUCUAUCAUCAUCAGUCCUGGACAUGACGUUUCACUCUUCUGUUAUAACGAAAACGCUGAAGAAGAGGAACAGCAGAAAUAGAUUGUAGAAGAACACAAGACCUUCAGCCCCCCCAAACACCUUCUAGAGCGACCUGUGUGCAAGGUGCACUGUGUACUUUACUUUGUACAUACACAAAACUUAUUCCUUUCAUGAUUCAGCUGGACGCGCAGUUCAUUGUGAUAUAUAAGUUCGUGUGCGUGCGUGUGUGUGUGUGUGUGCAACAGAAGCGAAAAUCAGUUCGAAGAUCGAAAACGAAGAAUGACUUCUACCUCUACCGUGACUUUCCUUCUUUUAAAAAGUCAAGAAAGUUUUUGUAGUUGGUAAGAGUGUAUACAGCUUCUUUCGUUCCCGCCUGUCGCUUGGCAGUUUGCUGUUUAUUAGUGUGUGACGUUGCUUUUCACAGUGUGAAAAGCAAUUCAUUCAGCACCAGGAACUGUCUGCUGCUCCGGGGAGCAGGUGAUAUAGGAGAAGCGAGAUGUCAUCUGGUUUUUUUCUCUGCGAAAGUGUUAAUGAAAAUGUGUCAACACCGGAAGCAACCCGAAUCGAAAUUGAAGUUUUACGAAGGAGAUUGGCAAUGCUCCUCACGUUUUUAGUGUGUCUCUUUGUGGAUUAAGAUGAACACGCUGUGCGUUAUAGAUUGUAUCUUGCGCUCUUGUGGAAGCAGAUGGUUUUAGAAAGCACGUUACGACUUUUGUAAAAAAAAAAAAAAAACUGAUAGUGAAUGAAAAAUGGUUUCCAAUGAUUAAGCGAGAAGCUCUGGGCAAAGGUAUAAAAUGUCACUGUAAUAAUAUUACCAAUGCUUUUGGAAGCGCGCUUUUGCGUGUGGAGAGCGACUAACGACUCCAGGGUUGGGGUGACUUAGGUUUACGGUUUUACGAUUAGUAAAAGUCUUUCAUAAAGAUGGCGUAGUGAAACGAAAAGUGGUUUCCAUUGGUGCACAUUUCGUCUAGGUUCUGCACGUUUGAUUAAUAUCAAUAUGUUGAUCCAAAUAAGAAAUAAUUUGGAAGGAAGUCUAGACGUCGGACCAUAUGACUGCAUGCUAAACGUUUCACAUCAAAGGUUUCUGGCACUUCGAAGCAAGGCAUAUGACAGUCUGGCAUACGACACUAUUAAAAGUCAAGCAACAGUAAAUAGCACAUACAAACUUUACAAUUGCUUUUGCCCAGUGUUUCUCCGUAUGUCGUUAUAAGUUUUACGGCAAAUGUUAAAAUAUUAGAGACAACAUUAUUUUACUGUGUAAAGGUCGAUCGCUAAGAGCAUUGUCCUUGCGUUCAAACACAUUGUAUCCAUAUUGACCUAUUCGAAGGAUCACGCGAAAAAAAUCUUACAACACGCCAUCAUGUGCGCUGAUGUUGACUAUGGGUCGUGGCAAUUCGUUUAAAAUAACAUCUGCUCAAGUAUGCCCUUUAUGUGUAAAAAUGAUAAAUGACGGUAUUGUAUGUCACAGAAACUGAACGUUUAUUCAUAGUGCACGAGGAAGUGACGAGCGAUUACGAGCAGAGUGACGCUGGUCUCCAGAUGAAAUGAAAGCGACUGUGCACAUAGAUAAUGACACUGUUUCAUAUUGUACAUAGGGAUGGAAUAUAAUAUAAAUAAAACAGCAGGAAUGACAUGAAACAGAA